AAAAGGAAACGUCAACAAAAUGAGGUGUUUUUGAAGAGUUUGCAGGAAAAAACCCCUGGUUUGUGUUCCUGUCGUCCGUCAGAAGAGAAGAGAAGAGAAGAGAAGAGAAGGAUCAUCUCAGAUAGAUAUAUUUCGGUUCUGAGGAGAGGAAUGAAUGACUUUGCAGUUCUCAACACGGGGCGGAAGAUGCCCCUCCUGGGACUGGGGACGUGGAAGAGCCAGCCAGGACAGGUGAAACAAGCCGUGAUGUGGGCGUUGGAGGCCGGCUACCGUCACAUCGACUGUGCAGCCAUCUACGGCAACGAACCGGAGAUCGGAGAAGCUCUGCAGGAGACGCUCGGCCAGGAGAAGUCCCUGAGACGAGAAGACGUGUUCGUCACGUCCAAGCUGUGGAACACCAGGCACCACCCGGAGGACGUGGAGCCGGCCCUGCUGAAGACCCUGAAGGAGCUGAAGCUGGAGUACCUGGACCUGUACCUCAUCCACUGGCCCCACGCCUUCCAGCGAGGAGACGACCCCUUCCCUAAAGACGAGGGCGGCAGCUUGUUGUACGAUGACAUGGACUACAAGCGGACCUGGGCUGCCAUGGAGAAGCUGGUGGAGAAGGGCCUGGUCCGCUCCAUCGGCUUGUCCAACUUCAACAGCCGGCAGAUCGAUGACAUCCUGUCUGUGGCCAGCAUCAAACCCACGGUCCUGCAGGUGGAGAGCCACCCCUACCUGGCCCAGGUGGAGCUGCUGGCCCACUGCCGGGACCGGGGCCUGGUGCUGACGGCCUACAGCCCCCUGGGCUCUCCGGACCGGGCCUGGAAGCAUCCGGACGAACCCGUCCUGCUGCAGGAACCUGCCAUCGCCGGCCUCGCAGGCAAAUAUAAGAAGUCCCCCGCUCAGAUUAUCCUCAGGUGGCAGACACAACGAGGAGUGGUAACGAUUCCCAAGAGCGUGACCGAGUCCCGCAUCAAGGAGAACCUCCAGGUGUUUGACUUUACCCUUGAAGCUGAAGAAGUGAAGAGCAUCACAGCGCUGAACAGAGGCUGGCGCUACAUCGUCCCUAUGAUCGAUGUGGGAGGAAAGCUGGUUCCCCGGGAUGCAGGACAUCCUCACUACCCGUUCAACGAGCCCUACUGAGGGUCAACACUACAGCCUGUUUCUGUGCCUUGAACCCCCGCCAACACCCGCGCUCCUGCAUCCUGCCAAUCCUGCACCUAUCACGUUAACCAAUCAUCUUAAACUCCAACAUGUUGGAAAACCUGCUGUGAUUGUUUCCUCUUUUUUUUUUAAAUAAAUAUUUUUACUUCCACCAA